AUAAAGAUAAAUCUCAUCAAACAUUUUAUAAGGCUUUACAAACAAUAAAUAUUGAUCAACAAGCUUCUUUGGAACCUUGCAACUUUACACAAAAGCUUUUAAAUAAUAAAAGAAAGAAGUUCGAUAUUGCAGCAGUAUGUGAACUAUGGGAUAAUGUUGCCGCAAUCUCCAACGUGGAUAAAGCAGUAAAUGUGAUCAAAGCACAUAUAAAACUAGACAAUUUCACAAAUCAGUGUGUGCAACAACUGAUCUUGCCAGAAACUAUGAUAGGAAAAAGGCGAGAUAAAAUAUAUUUGGACAAUGAUCAUGAUGAAAUAUUAAAGAAGGCUAAAACUACAAAUAAAAUUGAUGUUCCAAUUCUCAAUGUCAAGUCCUUAGAAGGAACCUCCACUACUUUUAAGGUUGUUGCAGAAAAUGAAACAGAGGCAAAUAAAAAAAGUUUCUGUUCUGAGGUGGGGAUGUUGUUUGUUGACAAAACCAUAUAUAUUAAGAAGCUAGAAGAGGAAGGUUUGAGGUUCAGAAUUCUUUUCCUUAGACCAUGUAGAUUUGGAAAAUCAGCAUUCCUUGAUAUGCUCUGCCAAUAUUAUGACAUUAAAAAUGCAGACAAAUUUUUUCAGCUUUUUGGACCACUUUAUAUUGGACAACAUCCUACGAAUUCACAAAACAAAUGUUUAGUUCUUAAAUUUGAUCUCUCAUCCAUUAAUGUUCAUUCUUAUAAAAUGAUGGAGGAAAGUUUCAAUGGGAAUGUUAAUCAUGUAUUGUGA